CGCGGACGCGUACGGAAGUCAUAGUUCAUUUCAUCGUCGCUAGGAAAUUUUUUUCAUCAUCUCUUCAUCCCAGGGCCCAUCCAUUUCAUCCAACGGUGGUCAUCGAAUGGUAGCAAGUGAAAUUUCGCGACUUUUCGGCCAUUUCCCACGUGGGAAUUCCGACUUUUCCAGCUAAACUAUGUGCAUUAGAUAAUAUUAUUAGCAAUAGCGCAUGAUUUAUAGGUGAAAAUGAGUGCUAAAGUAGGAAAAAUGAGCACCAAGCGAGUGCUCAUGCUGGGCGUCGCUGUAUUCCUUUUAUGGAUAAAAUUGCCGGACCAAAGCGCAGAUGCAACUGUACAGACUGAAAUAAUGGAAAAAUGGGGCGACAACUUCGGGGAAGAACUGUGGGAUCUGGCCCAAACGAUGACAAAGGCGAGCGAAAUCACACAGAAAUACAAAGCUUACAAUGCUCGCGUCGAGCACAAGGAUGGUACCAGUUUGAUUAAGUCCAUUGUGGACAACGUGGGUCGAAUGUUGAUCCGCAAGAUGGACGCCAUCAAGUGCAUCAUCAACAUGGCCGAACAGUUGUCCGAGGAGUUUGAAUUUAACGAAACCAUCGCGGACAAUUUCACCUACUACUCCAGCAAGUAUUCGAAUAUUGAUGGUCGACCGGAGCCUGAUAUACCAUCGACCUUGGAGGACAACAUCUGGAUGUAUCGGAAUAUGUCGCUGAAUUCAGAUACUCACUUCUUCAACAUCUCGGUGAACACAUCAUACAGCUCGGUACACGUACCACAGAACGUGUACGAUCGAUAUCCGUGGGUGAUGGAAGCAUUGCAGUGGUCCGAAGCAUUGGACGACGUGUUUGAGCAGAACUACAAUUCUGAUCCGGCACUUUCGUGGCAGUACUUUGGAUCUUACACGGGUAUUCUGAGGCAUUAUCCAGCGCUGGAGUGGGAUCGUGAACAGGUCGACACCUUUGACUGUCGGAAGCGCUCGUGGUACAUUGAAACGGCGACCUGUUCGAAGGAUAUCGUGAUCCUGCUAGACAAUUCCGGCUCAAUGACCGGCUAUCGGAACUACAUAGCUCAAUUAACUGUUAAAAGUGUUCUAGAUACGUUUUCGAAUAAUGAUUUCAUCAAUAUUUACAAAUACUCAAACGACGUGGAUCCUUUGAUCGACUGUUUUGCUGACAUCCUGAUACAAGCAACUCCAGAAAACAUUCGAUUCUUGAAUGAGAAAGUUCGAGAGCUGGUACCGGAUGGUUACGCUAAUGUUAAAAAAGCGUUCGUCAAGGCUUUCGAGCUGUUGCAGCAUUAUCGUGAGAUUCGAAGGUGCAACGAAACGGUGAGCGGGUGCAACCAAGCCAUAAUGCUGAUCACCGAUGGAGUUCCCAGCAAUGCAACAGACGUGUUUGAGCAGUAUAAUUGGUUCGAAAAUGGUACAAAAAUACCGGUUCGGGUCUUCACGUAUUUGCUGGGACGGGAGGUAACCAAGGUUCGGGAAAUCCAGUGGAUGGCCUGUUUGAACCGAGGUCACUACUCGCACAUUCAAUCCCUGGAUGAAGUUCAAGAGGAAGUACUAAAGUACGUAACUGUAAUAGCAACACCACUGGUGCUUCAAGGCGUAGAGCAUCCACCGACGUGGACACAUGCAUUUGCGGAUACGGCGGAGAAUCUGGAAUCGGAAGCAGAUGAUAAUGAGCCUCCUAGGUUGAUGAUUGCAGUCGGAGCACCGGCAUUCGACCGCAAGGCCAAUCACUACAAUGAAACUCGAACGGCUCGACUGCUCGGCGUUGCAGGAACCGACAUUCCUCUCGAAGAUCUUGACGAUCAGACGUUGCCUUAUAAGCUUGGUGUUAACGGAUAUUCCUUCAUUGUGAGUAACAACGGAUACGUAGUAAUGCAUCCAGACCUUCGGCCAGUUUGGAAAGGUCGCCUAAAGGAGAACUACAACAGUAUAGAUCUGACGGAGAUUGAGCAGGUGUUGAACGAUAUUACGGAAGCGUCCGAUGACAGUUUGACGGGUCGUGAGCAGAACCUACAAAUGGAAGCCCUUCGAGAGAAUUUGGUCAUGUCAAAGUCCGGCAAGAUGUUGCAGGUUCCGGUGAGAUUCCAUUACGAUGGAAUGCGACGAGUUUCGCUGGAAUAUCAAGACUACUACUUCGAGCCAUUGGAGAACACUCCGUUUUCGUUGGGUUUGGCAUUGCCGCAUGAUUAUGGUAACACUUGGAUUAAGGUUGGCGAUGAAAUAAGACGAAACCAACAUAUGGGUCAGAACAUCUCCGACUUCUUCGUCGGUGAAAACUGGAAGCUGCAUCCGGACUGGAUCUAUUGCAAGUACCAUUACUUGGAGGGACACGAGUUUAAGACCCCAGAAGAUGAGUUGCGCCACUUUUUGGUACGCCUGUACGCACCAGAGUGGAAGUGGUUUCAACAGUAUGAACCAGAGGCGGAAGAUGUCGUUAAAGAUGGUGACGAACCAAACUGUGGAAGGAAAACGCUGGACGAUGAUGCGUACUAUUGUAACAAGGAGCUCGUCCAGCUGUUGGUAUUCGAUGCAAAGGUUACGAAUACGAGCUACAGAAACUGGGAGUUUGAGAAUGAUAGAGAGCGUAGAAUCAUUGAUAUGUACAAUGCCACAUUGCGGUUCGUAGCAACCAUGAGUGGUUUGACUAGGUGGCAGUUUAUUUUCGGGGAAGUUGAAGUAGAUUCGGACAACGAAUUCGGUGAUUAUCACAAGAAAGCAAUCGAUGAGACCUGGUACAGAAGUGCAAUUUUGCAACACAAGAUCGAUCCGAAGAGUUUUGUGUACUCAGUGGCGCAUGCUACCGACGAGCCGGAGGAUGAAGAGCUGAAAGUCACCGCAACUAUGGGUAUUUUCCCGAGGGAUGGAGGUCUAGAAGCGCCAGGCUGUGUGACGGGAUUUCAAUUUUCACACCAACUUAUGUUCGAGCGAUUUAUGGAAAUUACUUCUAAAACAACUUGUGAUGGCUGUAUCGAAACUUGCAGCUCGGAAACUCGAGAUUGUUACGUGAUCGACAACAAUGGUUAUAUUAUUUUGUCGGAAACGUACAACGACACCGGGCGGUUCUUCGGAGAAAUACAAGGAGCAAUCAUGCAAUCAAUGGUCGACAAGGACAUAUUUUCCAUGAUUACGGUAUACGAUCUGCAAGGACUAUGUGAACAUGAACGGGUUUGUCCGAAUGACGCUUUCUCACUGAUGCAUCCCCUGAAAGUGUUGACGCUCGGAAUCAACUGGUUGAUUGCAGAAUUCUUCAUCGCGUUAUCCAGGUUCGACUUCUGGGUUCAUGGUAUUCCUAGUCCCGACUAUUAUGAUGCUGGAGUGGAAUACGAAGACUCGGACUAUGGAGAUAUUUCACGCGCGAAGCCCAAAAAACCCCAUGUAGACGAAGAAGAGGAAUACUUCAAUCGACCAAAAGAAAUCAAAACAGAAACCGUGUACCAAUCAUGUGAUAAAAAGUCGAAUGUGUAUGUCAUGCAGCAGGACAAGUUCAUCAAGGGAGACGGAUUCUUCUACGAGUCAGAACCGGUGAAUCCGAUGGAACUGCUGCAUCGGCCAUAUUUUGCUAAACGAGUUCCCCGGUCCAACCUUUUGAUGAUCAUCGUGGAUAAUGAGCACCCAUCGGAUCACGUUAUCCUGUCAGCGGCUCCUCAUGUCAUCGCUUAUAAUGCCACCGAGGAGCUUCCGUGCGUGAAAACCAGGUUAAACUUUUUACCCCGCCGAAGGCUGGAGGAGUGCUACACUGAGCAUCCAGAUGAGAAUAUAGUGGCUCAAUGUGGCGAAGCCUCCAAGCCAACAAUUCAACUGACUGUAGUGAUAUCGUCUCUAGUAUCACUGUUGUUAUAUCGAUGUGCCCAAAAGAUAGUCUAAUUGAAAACUUAGCAGUGGAACUCGAUACUCUAGGACAAACCAAAGUCUUUUUACGUUGUAGGAAUAGAGGAAACAAUUUUCGAGAAAGCAUAUACCUGUAGUUGAAAUGAAGAAAAAACUUUUUUACUGAAAAUUAACGAGCGUGAUUUUUUCGCAACCCCUCUGUUUCAAAUGGAAUGUCAGAGAGAGAGGCAAAAUUGUUAUGAACUUAUUGUUUUAGAAGAAUGCACAUACAGGUUAGGACCCUUGAAAUCUAUACAAUCAGGACGAGUCAAUCUUUCAAACUCUUCCACAUGCGUCCACAAUUCUGCCAAGAUCAGAACCAACCAUUUUCCGCCCACCAUUCAUUUAACGCAUUUUCGAGACACACACACACACACACAAACAUUUCAACGUUAAAGAACAUAUAUGUACAUUUCGAACACCAACCGAAAAGAUCGCGACCCACUGAACUCGAAUUUGUCUUUAACACGAGUGGUUUAUCAUUCCUUCUAACGCGAGCUGCACUCUUUUAAGUAACGGCAACACAAACGGAAUAAACAGAACCUCAAUCAAUCAAUACUCAAAUACGGUGUGAUUGCACAUGACAAUGUUGUUUUUAUUUUUGAUAUAAAAUUGUUACCGAAAAACUGAAGAUGCAACUCAAAGGAUAGUUGAUUUGUGCGAACAAAUAAAUUGUUUCAUGUUUUCAAUCAAAUGGAUUCGUUUAUAGUCAAUUGUAGUCGAAGAAUCCGGAUCCUGAUGUUUAGUAAAUUGUUAUAUGACAACCGAAAAAAGACACAUAGCUCGCAAUUGAUUGUGUCAUCCAAGAUUGCAGUUCACGAGAAAAAAGAAUUCGGUAUGCAAUAGUUAGUAAACUGAACUAGGUACAGCUGUAGUAUCUUUCUUACUAGUGUCAUCAUUUGUAAUGGAAUGUAGUAUCAGUUAACGCAAUCAUUGAGAUAUGUUUAAGUUGAACAUAUAUUUUUGUAACAUGAGGAAUGACU